AUGUCACUUGCCAACUCAUUUAGUGAUUUCUUCACUCAGAAAAUUGUUAAAAUACGAGGUGAUAUCGAUGAUGAACUCUUGAGUAAAAACAUAGAAAAUCCUAUGCCUGAUGCUGAUUCAUGUCCUUAUGAAUUUCACACCUUCAGGGAGGUUGGAAAAGACGAAGUGCUCCAUUUAAUCCAACGUAUCGCAACUAAAUCCUGUUCUCUGGAUCCACUCCCGGUGGUCAUGCUAAAUCACUGUUUUAAAGACAUCUUACCCGUUGUAGUUAGAAUAAUCAACCUCUCCUUGGAAAGUGGUACAAUGCCUGACUCUUUGAAGAUUGCUGUUGUUCAACCGCUAUUAAAAAAGUACAAUCUUUCCUAUGAAGAAUUCUGCAGUUUUCGUCCAAUAUCAAAUCUGAAAUUUGUCUCGAAAUCUAUUGAGAAAGUAGUUGCUGUACAAUUAACUGAUUAUCUUACUGAAAAUCAUCUACAUGAGAAAUUCCAGUCUGCUUAUAAACCUUGUCAUAGUACUGAAACAGCGCUAUUGAGGGUUCAAAAUGAUAUCCUUCAAGCUCUAGAUAACGGUGAUUCUGUUAUUCUUGUCCUACUGGAUCUGUCGGCGGCUUUUGACACCGUGGAUCAUUCAAUGUUAUUAACAAGACUAUCGAAACGCUUUGGCAUAAGGGGUCGUGUGUUGGAUUGGCUUACCUCAUACCUUACAUCCAGGAAACUGUUCAUUCGUGUUGAGGGAACUGAUUCGUUAUUGAGUGAUCUUGAUUGUGGUGUACCUCAGGGAUCUGUGUUGGGUCCUCUGUUGUAUUCACUCUAUACUGCCCCUCUCGCGGAUGUGGCUAGGCGCCACAAUCUGCGCUUUCACUUUUUUUCUGAUGAUGGGCAACUUUACAUUGCAUUCAAAACGAAUGAUCGUGAUGAUUUAAUAUCAUCUAAGAUCCGUAUGGAGAAAUGUAUACUUGAAUUGGGAAACUGGUUGAUGUUGAAUAAAUUGAAACUAAAUAGUGGCAAAACGGAGCUUAUAUUAGUCCAUUCACGCUAUCAUCUGAUGCCUCCCUUAAAUUAUAUCAUGGUGGGAAAGGAAAAAAUUGUGCCAACUGUUUCAGCAAGAAAUCUGGGGGUGAUUUUUGAUGAGUGGAUCAGAUUGGGCGAACAUAUUAAUGGUAUCUGCAAGUCAGCUUACUACCAUAUUAGGAAUAUUUCAAGAAUUAAGAAGUAUCUACCUCGAAAUUGCUUAGAAAUAAUUAUUCAUGCAUUUAUAACUUCAAGACUGGAUUAUUGUAACUCCCUGUUGUAUGGUGUACCCAAAUAUUUGCUUCAGAAGCUUCAGAGAGUCCAAAAUACUGCAGCUCGUUUACUAACUGAUACUAAGAAAUCGGCGCAUAUCACCCCAGUUCUUAUCGAAUUGCAUUGGUUACCUGUCCAAUACCGUAUUCAAUUCAAGAUUAUACUUCUUGUCUACAAAGCUGUUAACGAUCUUGCUCCAUCGUAUCUGAAGGAACUUAUGCUGUGUCGUACUUCGCAGCGUACUCUUCGAUCAAAUGGAAAUGAAUUGCUCCAGAUUCCUUAUUCUAGACUAAAGACAUACGGAGACAGAUCGUUCUGUGUUGCUGGACCAAGAUUGUGGAAUGAUUUACCUGUUCAUCUUCGGAUGUGUGAAUCAUUAACCACUUUUAAGAAGUUUCUUAAAACAUAUCUUUUUAACUUGUUUUUAAAUAGUGUAUGAUGUAUUCUAUAGUUUUAACAUUCUUAACACUAGUUUUUAAGAUUGGAUUUUGUAUUACUGUAAAGCGCCUAGAACAGUCUUGGUUUGUGCGCUAUAUAAAUGUUUUUUAUUAUUAUUAUUAUUAUUAUUAAGUUUAGUACGUAUUUUUUAAGUUUGGCAGAUAUAUAUUAAGUUCAGAACAAAUUUAUUAUGUUCACCACAUAUAUUUUCAGAGUUCAGUCCAUAUAUUUUUGUAUUAGAGCAAACAUCUGCAGUUUGGCAGAUAUUUAUUUUUGAAAGGCAAUAUUGUCCGCUACGGCGCCCCAUAACUUUCAUUGUAUUUUUAGGUAUUACACGUAUGUGUCAAUCAUCAUCGUUAAUUAUUGCAAAAUGCAAAGUGGGCGGAAGGCGCUUUUGAUAACAUUUUCAUCAGACCUACGUUUCGCCCUUUCCGUCGAUGAAUUUUAGGGCGGGUGAAACGUAGGUCUGUUAUCAGGCUAUGGCGUCCUGCACAGGGAAACACAUGUAAAGUUUGGUGUCGUCAACAUAGCAAUCGGUGGAACAGCCUUGGGGUAUUUUAGGCAAAUAUGGCCUUUAUAGGUCAUAUUGAGCGCUCUACAGGACGAGCCAUGCCGCUUACGCAUUGCGCACGCUCACUGCUUGCAGUUUGAGCGCUCUGGCAUGGUUUUGAUGUCCCACAAUCGUGAGGCAUCAAAGGUAACUGUAAAUAGCAGUUACUUUCAUCCUGCUCAUCAGCACUACACUGAUGAGGCCCAUAAGGCCGAAACGGUACCGUCUGUAGUUAGAUAUCGCUCUAUGGCCUUUAUAGGUCAUAUUGAGCGCUCUACAGCAUGAGCCAUGCCGCUUACGCAUUGCGCACGCUCACUGCUUGCAGUUUGAGCGCUCUGGCAUGGUUUUGAUGUCCCACAAUCGUGAGCCAUCAAAGUUAACUGUAAUUAUUUCAUAAUUGAGUCGGUUUUCUUUGAAGUUCCGCGGGCUGUAUUUAAAAUAAAUAUCGGUCAUUAGGCCAACCGUCUAAAAGCACGGGGAGGGUUUUGAUAUUCAGCAGGGAAGAGCGGGGCUGAUGAAUUGAAUUGAAUAUAGAUAAUUAUGAAUGAGUGGGCUGUAUUCAGAUACAGCCCGGAAAUAUUGGGCUCUAUCUGAAUACAGCCCGCUGUUCUAGUAUUGUACCUGGAUACAGGCCAUGAAUUGAUAAUCCAUUGAACUUACACUACAACCACUUCUAUUAACAUUUUUAAUACUAUUUCACACAAACGUAUUGAAAAUAUAUUUCAAACUUCAAGUUGUUAAAUACAACACUCGUUUCCACUACAAUAUUUUCUAUUUACUUCUUCUGUCUACAUUUUAAACUCCUUGUUAAUAAAAAAGUGUAAUUAUUGAAAAUCACACACUUUUCAACAUUCUCACUCUUUACUGCGCUAUCACUUUCCCUCUUGUUAACUUCGCAUCCUAAUUCCUGUUCAGCUUUUGCACGGACUUCCCGACACUCGCUAUUAGUUGUACUGGUUAAUUGUCGCCAAAGACGUGUGCAUCAUACCAACUUGAUCAAACGCUUUUGACAUUUCUACUUUGUACUCUACGCUAGGACCUAUACUGUAUAGGUCUCUGAUACUGCUGUAACGACCUUAGGUCUCUAUGACCUUUUUUUUCAUAAUUAACUUAUCUGGAAUUCCCUUUACGAGGCCACGAGUUGUCAUGGUUGCUCUAUGACUGUGAUUUGUAAAGUUGCCUUCUAUUCCAGCAUCCCGACAAAGCUUCUUAACUACCCCUCCAUGCAAGUGUGUUGUAGCCCACUGGUCUUGAAGUGAACCAAACUAAAACACAGAAAAUUCAGCUGAAACUAAAAAUGGAAAUUAACUACAAGAAAUGAUAAAACUAACUAAAUAAAUUGUUUGUACCUUUAUCUGAAUCAGAAUUAAUACUUUCGGCGAGGACUCAAAAUAAAUAUGUCUUUCGUUGUGGCUUCUGAGCUGCAUUUCCCAACAUAUUUCUUGUACAAUCGAACCAAACAUCGACUGGGACACUCUUCAUUUAUAUAAUGUUACACGCUUGAUCGACUUGCUGCUACCAGUCAAAAUCAAGAUUUUCAGUCUCUAAAAUACUUGGAAUUAUACUUAAUUCGUCACCCAAAAUAACAGGAUUCGCGAAAAAUGUAUUUUGCGUUAAUCCUGACAGUGAAAAGUCUUCCUUGUCACUAUACAUUUUGCGAAGUGCGAAUGCAAACAAUCAGUCGCCAAAGUGAGGCCAGAAAAUUAAAAAAAAAACAUGUAGAAGAACAAAAUAAGAAUAAAUUAACUAGCGUAUUAACUCUUCAUCUCUUUUUGUAUACCUAUCUGUUCGCUAAUUUAGCUCAACAAUAAGUCUGCAUACCUCCCAUGCAGUAUUUUCGUUCACAAAUUACACUGAACAACAACAAUUCCUAAGAAAUUAUAUCUUAAAUUAUUCUUUUGAGAAAACCUCCUCAAUUAUGAAAUAAGUCAGUUAAAGCCCUCGAACCUCGGCUGUUAGCCAGAUACAGCCUAUAUAUAUAUAUAUAUAUAUAUAUAUAUAUAUAUAUAUAUAUAUAUAUAUAUAUAUAUAUAUAUAUAUAUAUAUAUAUAUAUAUAUAUAUAUUAUUAAGAGUAUUGGUCCUAAAAUGCUUCCUUGCGGAACUCCAUUUACCACUGAUAACGAGUCGGAGAGAGCGGAAUGAAUACGCACAACCUGACUACGGUUAGAAAGAAAAACAUGCUACCAGGAACACCAAAGGUUGUUAAAUGUUCAGUUGGGCAAAGGCUUGAAACUGAUUGUAGUCUUUGCUCGGGGUACCCUUCCAUGAAGGAGUGUAUGCCAAUAUUAGCAUGUAAAAGAGAUAUACAAGUGCAUCUCCGGCGUUUAAACUUAUCUAGACAAGCAGUAGCAUCAGAAGGGGAUCUUAUUCUAUUAAGAUCGGGCAUAUUUGGUAGCAACAGGGAGGGGUUAACAGUAUGUCCACGACACAGAGAGAAUCUUGGUCUUUCCUGGCGCCCAAAACGUGGGUGCGCAUACCCUCUUCACGGGGUAUGCGCACCCACGUUUUGUAUCUUCACGGGGUAUUAUUAUCUAGGGCUACUUGAGCUGCAGCGUUUGCAGUUUUUUCUGCAACAGCGAUAAAAAAUUGGUUGAAUUCAUUUGCAAUCUGUUCCGAAUCUUUACUAUAACAUUGAAUUUUUCUUUCUUUGCUGGGAAUGCAACGAUUAUUAUGCUGUCGUGAUGCAGUCAUCAUCAAGCGAAAUUUAAAUUUGACCAAUCAGUAUGCGUCAUUUCCAUGACAGUUCGCCAUAUUUUUUAGAUCAGUUGGGAGGUCCACCUUUGGAUCAUAGCCAUGCGCCCACAAUAUUUGAUGAACUUUAGACUUCGCUAGUUCGUUUCUUUCCCCGGGUGUAAAUAACCGGGCGGAAUUAUUACCCUCGUCCCGGGCUUACGCCCGGCCGGAACGGCGAUCCGCGCUGUUGGCUCCGCGCCGUUGGCAAAUUAUAGAGGAGUUUUACGAUGAUAGUGAAAGCGAAACUGAGUGUAAGUUCCCAGAAGAUCUAAAUGACAAUAAGAACAUAAAAUUAUGUGCCAAGCACUUUUAUAGCGUGCCUUUAUACGACCGCCAACUACAUUUGACCGAAAUGGCUGAAAUUGACUCAUUUAUCGAGCAGCAACGCCCAACAGGUGGGCAAUUUGUCGACGCUGACCAAAAAUAGCGGCUCAUUUCUUCUUGAGAUGCCAUUUUCGCGUCGAAGAGCAAAAAUAUAGACUUUCGGAUAAUAUUUAGCUGUUCACUAUCAAAUAUGUUUGUGAAACAGUUGAUAAUCUUACUGAGGGAGGACAAUCAUUUAUUUCUAAUACUAGGAGUUACUAUCGCAAGGAAAGUGCUGCCGUUUGGCGACAUGAACUGAAUGCAAAAGAGUAACUUCUAGACAAUUCUCUAAAGGGAAAUUUACUUUUGACCCAAUGCCCUCAUUUCCAGGUUUUAUCAUUGGUAGCAUAGCAGGCCUGCACAUGAACGUUAUAUCCCCUAUAUUUAUUAUGAUUUAAAGAACGAUCACAAACUUAUUAUUAAAUUGUGUGCACGGAACACGAGUAAAUAACCAGCAUGGAAAUGAGGCCAUUGUAGCCCCAACAGACAUCCUAUGUGUUUAUUGUGCAAUUAUAAGAUCAGUAUUGGAAUGUGCUUCUGUCGUUUUCGCCAACCUUCCUCAAAACUUAGCGACGAUCUUGAAAGGGUCCAGAAACGAGCACUGGCAUAAUACAUCCUAACUGUUCCUAUGAUGAUGCCCUAAAACUAGCUGGUAUCGAACCGCUUGUCUUACGGAGGGACGCCGCCUGUAAGAGAUUUGUGGAGACAAUCCUACCUGGAAACCCACUCUAUCCAAUUGUUCAUAGCCGGUCAGCACCAGUGAAUCAUGGUUAUAAACUUAGAUCUGACAAUGUUGCGAGGAAUAUCAGGAUGCGAACAGACCGGUUUCAGAAAUUCGUUACCAUUAAGCAUGCGACCUGAACUGUGAUCGUUGAACCUAAUAACUCUAUUGUCUUGUUAUACAUUCAUUUUUAACUAUAAUAAAUUAUGUACACCUCUCAGAUAAUUUUGUAUAAGUUUUAUAUACUGUAAAUAAUGUUUGUAAAUAAGAUUUUUGUAAUGACCUGUAAUUCAGUUUCUACUGCAAGGGGUUUUUUAAUAAACUAUUACUACUAUUACUACUAUUGGUUGAUUGGGUCAAAAGUGGAUAAACGGCAUACCAUUAGCUGGUAAUGCACCCUACUUUAGUAUUAACUCGUGUAACACCAGACAAAUUUACACUCUGUAACGCCAGACGAUUUUACUUGUCAGUGUUAGAGUAUUGUCAGUAUUAAAACGGGGUAACAAACCUAUCUGCCAAUGUCUCUUAUUAGUCCACAUUGGCUGGCAAUGCGACCUACUUUAGUAUUUUACUGUGAUACUGUAUAUUAACGCCGGACAACUUUACUCGUGAGUGCCAGUAAACGGGUCAAUUUCUCGUCACGCCCAAUUUAAAAUUUUUACGAUUUUUAUUGUUUUCAGCGAACAUCCCCCCUUAAAACGAAAAGCACCAUUGUAAUCCUGACAAAAUACCAUUUUCAACGGGGGGUCAAAUGCCUUCAAAACACUGACACAAACCGAAACAAUGUAUCAUAUAUUUACGAAAAAAAACUUGAAUAUUUUCCAAACUCUGCACAAUUUGCUCAAUGAGAGUAAAAUCAGCCUUGUAUUCAAGCGCUUUCAUGUAGAAAGUUUCGUUUGAAUAAGGCGAGUAGAAACAGUUUAUUUUGAAUUUUUCGGGUCUUUAUUUGCACGCGCGUGCCACAUGUAAGCUUGGCCAUAUAAAGAGAAUCAAAUUAUUUCAAUCUUCCAGUUCUCUCGUGCCCGCGAAUACCGCCUGCGUAAAUGCACGGGCAAACCACUGCCACUGGGAGUACUUUGACCUGUGGAAUGUUUUGUUUUGAUCGCUUGAUGCCGCGCUAAAAAUAUAAAUAUUGAUUUUAUUCUGUAAAUACCGAAAUAAAAUUUGAAAAUAACACUCUAUAAAUAGUAGUAGUAAUAUAGGUACCGUUCGACCCUUAUUUUUGUGGUGGAGUGCGGUGGAGUGUGGUGGAGUGUGGUGGAGUGUGGUGGAGUGUGGUGGAGUGUGGUGGAGUGUGGUGGAGUGUGGUGGAGUGAGGAGGAGUGUGGUGGAGUGAGGAGGAGUGAGGAGGAGUGAGGAGGAUUGAGGAGGAGUAAUGACGUCACUCAUUAGCAUACGUCAUAAUUAUAUGCAAUGACGUCACGCGGGCGAGCUUAAACACGAUCGGGCGAAACUUGCUGACUACGCAUUUUUUAGCGUCCUUUCACGUGUAUGAUACAAUGGAGGGAUUAAUGUUGGCUUACUAUGAUUGGUUGUUUGAUUUAACGAGUGUCUGUAUAAAAAUCGACAAGCGUCUUGUAACAAGCAUCGUCUAUAUUUUGACAACGUUCUUACUGGAGGUCUUUUGGCAAGCUGCUGAAAUUUAUCUUGUUGGUAGAAUUAACGUUUAUUGGUUGUUGGAAGAUAAAGUUUUUUGAGGGGAAACAAAUUUUCGCGCUCUUUUUCAGUCGAGAUCGAGCAAGCAAAGUGGGAAGAGGUUGUUUCUUCGUGGAUGAGUGGUAAAUCGUUUGAAUUUAGUACAGAGUGUGAGAAUGGGGUUGGUUUACUUAUUGAAAAGGCGAAAUGGCAAAUUACAGAUUUGGAAAACAUUUUGAUUGAAAAGGGUUUGGUACCGAAAUUUAUUCGUGGGGACGAUGCCCUGUAUGAUAUAUUGUUGCGUCAAAUGCAAUCACAAUUGAUUCUGAGUGUUGGUGUUCCUAAACGAGUGCAGGGCCCUACCUUUACAUAUUUGUCGAACUGUAAGCAGAUGCUUGUGGGUGAGAUAUUUGCAGACAUGACAAAAAGGAAGGAAAAAUUCGAGAAGAAAACAGGUGUUAGCUUGGACAACUAUUACAGAUUGGCUGCGAGCGAAGUCGAGAAUGGGAAGAAAAGAAAAAAAAUGUCUGAGUCGAAUGGAAGCAACAAGGCCCUUGGGUGA